AUGUGCGCGGGUGGGGAUGCGCCCGAAUCGUGGGACGCGGUAGGGCUUCUUGCCAGCCUCUUCGUUGUUGCUGGUAUCUCUAUCUUCCGUUCUCCCCUCCUUUGCUUCCUCGUCCAUGCCAGCACGCUCGAUGUUCUCUUCCUCCUCCUCCUCCCCCUCCUUCUCUUUCUCGCCGCCCAGGACACGCCUGGCAAGGUGACGGUCUUCGAGGGUUCGUUCGAGGAGAGUACAAGGAAGCGCUCCGCGACGAGUUCAGGGCGAAAAACAUGUGCGCUGGCGGUCGCAUCAAGCGUCGCGACUGAGGCGGCCGGGGGCAGCGCCAGUUUCGCGCACGCGCAAGGCAUCCGAUGCCAGGAUUCACGCGCUGGAAGGGAGGGACGUCGAUCUGCACAGUCGUAG